UUUCAUUACCAAGUUGCCAAGUAUGUCUUUACGUUACAAGAUGGCACGAGAAUCUUAAUGCAGUUCAAUUCACGAAUCAAACAAUUCAACAACAUGCCACCUAAUACGGAGAUACAAUAUUCUGAUAAAUACACCGAUGAAAAUUUUGAAUACAGACAUGUAAUUUUGCCGCCAGAAAUGGCGAAGUUGGUUCCACGAACACAUUUGAUGACCGAAACGGAAUGGAGAAAUUUGGGAGUUCAACAGAGUCCCGGCUGGGUACAUUACAUGGUCCACAAUCCAGAGCCGCAUGUCCUACUAUUUCGACGUCCGAAAGAAUGAUUGCAACAAACAGCAAUACCCAGAUUUUCUUUGCACUAUAAAAUUGACUAAUGUUACAUUCCUUUUCUCGUUUAAUUUCAACUCCAUACGUUAACCUUCGAAAGUUCGAAUAACACAGUGACAAUACAAACAUUGAAUCCAAAUAA